AUGGAUAAUUCUGAUCAUAUUCAUGUCGUUGGCCAGCACCAUCAACUUCAAGGAAUACAGUCGACUUCGCAGGCCUUUGACUCGGUGACGCCGCCUCACAGUCCCGAGCACCAUCAGCAGCAACUACAGGAGCUUCAAAUACUAUCAAAUCAUCAUGCUCAGGAGCACUUUCUUCAUCACUUCUUCCAUCACAAUCCCCAAUUAACAAUCAACACUCAUCAUGACGCUCACGGCAAUAUCUCUCACGAUAAUCAAUACAUGCUCGAAGCUGCAAAGAAUUUGGGAUUAUCGCUAUUGACGCCUCAAACACCAAUAUUCUUGUUGGCUGGUCCACCACCGCUCACGUCUCCUUCACCAACCACACCUCACAGCCAUCACCCCGGUCCAACUGGCAGUUCGUCAAGGAGGAAUUCGAGGCCUAAAAACCCAAAUCAGAAAACCCGUGUUCCUUGGACACCACAGGAAGAUGAAUGUUUGAUUGCUGGUGUUCAAAAACAUGGUGCUGGACGAUGGAGUGACAUAUUCAAGGAUUCAACAUCCAAUUUCGACAAAUCGAGAAAAGCUUCCGACCUGAGGGAUCGAUUCCGAGUAUUAUAUCCCACCGAAUACACCUCACUGUAUCCAAAUUCACAACCACGACGACUUGCACGAAAGGCAUAUACUCCAUUUCCAGCCUCGACUCCUGGUGAAGGCGUGAAACGUUUAACGAGAGAACGAGCACCAAAGAGACCAUUCACUGUGGAAGAAGACAUUGAGCUGCUCGAAGCUGUUGCGACUCAUGGAGCAGCAUGGACUCGCAUCGCAACAGCAACUGAAUUUUGUUUCGCCAAAGGUGGUCGACGAGCAGAACCACUUCGAUGGAGAUUCAGAAACCUGGCUCCAGAAUCCAAUCGCCUAAUCAUGUCUGGUGAAUUAACACCAGAAGGUCAAAAGGAAUUAUCAGCCAAACUACGAGCACGUGCUCAAGAACUACGUACACUGCUCGCAAACCAACAACCCAUCCCACCCUAUGUGCGCAAAGAAUCAAAAUCGGCUCGAGCAGCUCGUGUUGCCAAAGCAUAUGAACGUAUUGAACAUGCAGCAACCCACGAGGGUCUUUCUCCUACCUCUGUGAUUACUGGUGAAGAACUGGACAGUAUGGAUGAAGAGGAUAGGCAGCUUUUGUCACAGUACAUUACGGCAAAAGCCAAUGGACAACACUUCCCCAUGGGUGAUGAUGACGACAACGAAGAUUCACCAAUUGAAUACGAGGAACCCACGUAUGGUAGUCGAUACAUUGACAACGAACAAGCUGGUCCAUCGUCGUCGAACGAUGCUGGGUCUGGUGAAGGACACGAUGAUAAACAGUCCAUUAUUGCUGUUUUAAAUCCAGGACAAUAUCAACAUCCAGUUAUGAGUUAUCAGAUAGUUGAUGAAGGGAUUGCCAACAUGAUUGCAUGGAUGACAGGCAAUGGGAGCAGGCCUCACGAGUUCACACAACAAUAA